AUGGUCGACCCCUCGGAGCCUGAGGAGCAGAACAAGUGUAAAGGCCCACAGCUCGACACGGCAGCUGUGGCCCCUGAAGACCCUCGACUGCCAGAACAGGCCGAUGGCGCGACAACAGAGGAUGAUGGGGAUGCCGGUUUCGAGACGCCGCCCUCAGGCAGUUCUGAGCCGAGCCCCUGCCACACCGCAUCCCCGGCGGUGCCAGACGCCGCCUCGAAGGAGCCCCCACCUGAGCCCCCACCUGAGCCCCCACCUGAGCAACCACCGACUCAGACUGACAGAGCUCCGUCACCAAAAUUGCACUUGGACCUGUACAACUUUGACUCAGCGGUCGCAGAGGGCAGCCGUUACGUGUUAACGAGCCCCCACUCUCUGGAGGCGUGUGCCCGAUGCGGGGUCAAACCUGUGGAGCUCCUGCCCCGCCCGCUGACCGACUUCGCCCGGGAGGCUCCUGGACGCUCCAUGCGCGUCGCGACGGGCCUGUUUGAAGUCUACGAGAGAGACCGCCACGCCAAACUGAGGCAGUGCAAGGAGGAGAGGGAGAGGAUUGUCAGAGAGGAAAAAAGAAGGAUUCUGCAGGCGACGGUCAAUACCGGCAGCGCUGCGUCACCGUCUGCUGUGGAGCAGCAGCACAAAGCCUCCUCUGACUCCUCUCAGCCGACUAAAUCUGGGCCGAUGACCUCCAGCUCGCCCCCAGAUAGAGCCUCCAGAGCCACAGCAUCAGGUCCAACAUCUAAACCAGCUACUGCUCUUUUAUCUAAAGCUCCCAACUCAAGUACAUCCCCUAAAUCUCAGUCCUCAAAAACUGCUUCCACAACCUCUACACCAUCCUCCAGAGGUGGUUUCCAAGGUUCUGCCAGGCCUUCGCCUGAACAAGUAAAAACCACACGGCCGCUAUCGUCCGGUUUUCCGGCAGUAGUCACGAAGUCCUCAGGCGGUAAAUCUUCUAACACUUUCCCAAGAUCUACACCAAAACCCCCCUCCUUCCCCAGAGCCAAAUCUACAUUGACAUCAUCAGUGACGAAGCCGGCAGUUCAGAGUUCUGGGACGCCUCUGAACGGCGUAACGGGAGCUCCGUGCUCUCAGCACAAUGGACAUCUUGGCCUUCACUCCAAGGUGCCAGCUAAAAGCCAUUCACUGGAGUCCAUACAGCGGAAGAUGGAUCCGGUCUGCUCCUCCACCUCCACCACCACAACCACGACGACAUGCACCUCCUCAGAGUCAGGCGCUUCCUCUUCAUACAGCUGGGACGGCGCCCGAGACCGCUGGGCUAAAGCCUCCAGUCCUCGGGCUCGCACGAUGGCCACCUUCAACUCCCUGAUGGGCCGCAGCCUCAGCCUCGGCGACCUGAGCCACUCCCUUCAGACGACGCAGAAGGUGGAGCGCAUAGUGAGGGAGGUGAGGCGUCGAGGCCUGAAGGCCGUGUCCGAGCGCGACCGCAAGAUCGCAGCCUUGAUGCUCGCCAGGUACCAGGAGGAGGACAUCAUGAGUCAGACCCGCUACGUGGCGCACCUCCAGUGGGACAGCGAACGCAGAAUGGACGAGCUGCGGCGAGAGCAGGAGGACAGGGAGAAGCAGCGGGCGGUGCUUCAGUGCCAGCGGGUGUGGCAGACCCAGGUGUCGAUACGGCAGCGGCGACUCAGCCAGCAGGAGCGACUGUCUGUGGCCGCCAAGAUGCGACAGGCCGAGGAGAGCGAGGAACGAUGGAGGGAGCUCGCGGAGCAGCAGGAUCGCAACCGCCUGCUGAGGUUACAGCAGGCCGCACGAGAGGAGAAGCAUAAGAAAGCUCUUCAGGAGCAGAACCUGAAGGCCCUGGAGGAGGAGAGGGCGGCCAUGUUGGAGCAGGAGAGGCUGCUGCUGAAGGAGAAGCUCACCAUGGCCGAGCUGAAGAGGCAGGAGAAGGAGCAUCAAAGCCAGGAGGACAGGCGAGGUCUGAACAAAGCGGAGAAGAGACGCCACGCCGCCCUGAUACAGGAGAUCGCCCGCAGAGAGCAGGAGGAGAGGGAGGAGGCCAGGAGGGCAGCGGAGGAGAAGCUCAGCCGCUCCCUGGAGAACUACGAGCAGAUAGUUGAGCGUCGAGGUCAGGAGCUGAAGGAGAAGGCCAAGCGCGAGGAGAAGCAGAUUCAAAAAGCACGCAAGGCAGCGGAGAAACGCGAGAAGCAACAGCAGCAGCUCCUGGAAGCUCGUGCGAAGGAGGCGGAGAAACGGGCGCAGCAGGCAGCUUUGGUGGCCGAGGAGAGGUCCAAGGAGAAAAGUCAGCGGGCCGUCCAGACCCGGCAGGAGAAGGAGAAACUCCAGAGGCUCAACAGGCAGCGGGUGGAAGACGAGGAGAAGCAGAGGCGUAUGGAGCUGCUGCAGUCCAUCGAGAGGAAACUGGAGAAGAGCGAGCAGAUCUUCAAGGAGAAGCAGGCGGUGCUGGAGAGCGCUCGCUCUGUGGCCCGAGCCUCUUUCCAUGUGCGAGACAAAGUGCGGGAGGAGACCAACAUGCGUACGUUUGAUAAGAUGGCCCUGGAAGCUCAACUCAAAGCCAGCCUGGAUGAGAAAUAA